GUGAACUACAUUUCCCGUGAAGCUCUGCGCGCAGAGCAGCGGAGGCUGCUGGGAAGGGCUUACGUGCCUGAAGCCGGGUCUCCGGCUGCUAGGAUGGCGAGUCAGCGAGUGUUUCCACUUUCCUGUGUGGUGCAGCAGUAUGCCUGGGGGAAGAUGGGCUCCAACAGCGAAGUGGCAUGCCUGCUGGCUAGCAGUGACCCACUGGCCCAGAUCUCAGAGGACAAGCCUUAUGCAGAGUUGUGGAUGGGGACACACCCCCGGGGAGAUGCCAGGAUCCUUGACAACCGUAUUUCCCAGAAGACAUUAGGCCAAUGGAUUGCUGACAACCAGGACUGCUUAGGCCCAAAGGUUAAAGACACCUUUAAUGGCACGCUGCCCUUCCUCUUCAAAGUGCUCUCGGUGGAAACAGCCCUGUCUAUCCAGGCACAUCCUAACAAGGAGCUGGCAGAGAAGCUGCACCUCCAGGCUCCACAGCACUACCCUGAUAACAACCACAAGCCCGAAAUGGCCAUUGCCCUCACCUCCUUCCAGGGCUUGUGUGGUUUCCGGCCAGUGGAGGAGAUUGUGACCUUCCUGAAGAAGGUGCCUGAGUUCCAGUCCCUGAUUGGAGAGGAGGCCACAGCACAGCUGAAGCAGAGCAUGAGCGGAGAUCCCGGGGCUGUGGCCUCUGCUCUGAAGAAUUGCUUCUCCCACCUGAUGAAGAGUGAGAAGAAGGUGGUGGUGGAGCAGCUUAACCUGUUGGUGAAGCGCAUCUCCCAGCAAGUAUCUGCCGGAAACAGCAUGGACGACAUCUGUGGGACGCUCUUGCUGCAGCUGCACCAGCAGUACCCAGGUGAUAUCGGAUGUUUUGCCAUUUACUUCCUGAACCUGCUCAACUUGAAGCCAGGGGAAGCCAUGUUUCUGGAGGCCAAUGUGCCCCAUGCCUACCUGAAGGGAGACUGUGUGGAAUGCAUGGCAUGUUCAGACAAUACUGUGCGUGCUGGCCUGACGCCCAAAUUCAUUGACGUGCCAACCCUGUGUGAAAUGCUCAACUACACACCUAGCCCCAGCAAGGACAGGCUGUUUGCCCCAACACGGAGUCAAGAUGACCCCUAUCUCUCUAUCUAUGACCCCCCUGUGCCGGACUUCACUGUUAUGAAGAUGGAGGUCCCUGGCACUGUCACUGAAUACAAGGUCUUGGCACUAGACUCUGCAAGCAUCCUUCUCAUGGUCCAAGGGACAGUGACAGCUACCACACCCACAGUUCAAGCAGAAAUCCCUUUGCAGCGUGGUGGAGUGCUCUUCAUUGGGGCCAAUGAAAGUGUCUCGUUGAAACUUGCCGUGCCCAAGGAUCUGCUCAUAUUCCGGGCCUGCUGCCUGUUGUAGAGAACAGUCUUCCUACCCUCUCUGCCUGUCACCAUAUCCUGGCCAGCUCCAACCCCUGUCCCUGUUGUGUACUCUUUGAUGCAUGCUGGAAUGGUAGAGUAGUGAGCGUGGCAUCAGUGACUCCAGAACAUGACCAGGUUGGACCAUCUUCAGGAUGAGGGGUCUGUGUGAAGACAGACCUGCCACUCCAUGGUACGACACUCCUUACUACCUCUGAGCCAGAUGUGUCCAUUCAGGAGGCAACAGCUGUGCCCCAGCUAAGGCAUUAGGCUAACAAAAACAUGCAUGACCCAGCAUCAGGUGAGCAUCCGAGUGACAGGUGAGGUGAUGUCUGAACAACAGGCUUGCCCUGGGACUGCCUGCUCUCUCAGCUGCGGAGAGGGGAAGGGGCAGGCCAGCAGACUAAGGGUUUUAUUCCCUCCAGCUCUGUCAAAGUAAUUAAAGAUUGCUUGUGUUGCAGAUACAGACUAAA